AGUCGCUGGCAGAGUUUCAGGAGGAAAAGACGCGGUGUGUUGAAGAAGCUCUUGUGCCCAGAAAUCUUGGCGUGGCUGGAAUUGUGCCUGGCCUUCGCUUCCUGUGGACGAGUUUGACCUUAGAAGCGCUAACACGGCACACUAUCCUCCUUCGGAGAAGCCAUUUUCUCGCCGAUAUCAUUAGCAUGUAAAUGUGCAGAAAUUGUGGAAAUGAACUCUUCUUGGUCACAGUGACGGUGAGACGACAGCCCAAAUAUACUCUUAGUGCCUAUUUGACGUGGUGACGCGAACGAUCUAGAGAGAAAAUAAACUGUACAAAGAGUGUUUGUGGGAUGAAAAUGCAGAAAAUGCUGGUGUCACUUUGUUUCCUCUUGUCAACGCUGCUGCACUUGGGACUCACGUCGUCCACGCUGAAAGGCGCAGAGCCAACGAUAUCUGAAUGCGCAGCUAAAGGUGGAGAAUGCAAUGAAAGCAGAGGAAGGCCCGUUUGCGGAACAGACAAUCAAACCUACCCGACGCGAUGUCACCUCCUGAGAGCGCAAUGCAGUGGUCAUCAAGUCAGUCUCAAGCAUCGAGGGAAGUGUAAAAACGAAUGUGCCGCAUCGAGGAACUAUGCUCUCGCUCACAGGUCUGCGAUGAAAUUCGUGCCUAGAUGUCGUGCUGACGGAACGUACGCCGCUGUGCAGUGCCUAGAGGAUGACUGCUGGUGUGUCACACCACAAGGAAAGCCAGUCAGGAAUACCACCGUGAAGGGAGUGAAGCCCGUGUGUAUACGGCCAGGAAAAGUGAACACGAGGAGAUCACCAGAUGUGCAUUUGCGCAUGAAAAAGCCCUGCACAAAGAUAGACAAGGCUCAGUUCAAUGCUAACCUAAUUAAGAUGUUCCACAAUGAAUUUCAGCGGUACAAGAAGAAUCAGCAAGGAAGUGAAGAUCUUCCUGGAGUAUCCGACAAUAUGGUGUUAGAGUGGAAAUUUAUCGGUCUGGACCGCAAUCGUAACAACAUUCUGGACAAAGGUGAGUUUCGCGAACUCAAGAAGCUUGUGAAGAAGAUUGUGAAGCCCAAACGGUGCGCCCGCGCUUUCGGCAAGUUCUGCGAUGAGGAUCACAACGAGAAACUCUCCAAGAGUGAGUGGAGCAGCUGUUUCACAAAGGAUACAUCGAACUCUGCCAGUGGCCAUGCUGGCAUAGCUCAGGAAGACUUGCUGGAAGAUGAGGACGAUGAGUACUACGAGGAUGAGUACGCGAGCUCAACGAAUGACCUUGUUGAUACCACCGAAAGCCGCCCAUUCCCUACGAACAAGAAGCCCAGCUUCUUGCUGCAAGGGAAAACAACUCUGCAGUUAUCUGGGGAUGGAGAUACUCUAGGGAGGGAUGCAAAUGACGGUGAAUCCGACUGCCUGGCAGACAGAGCUGCAGCCCUGGAUGAACAGAAGUCCGGAACAACAGCGCUCUACGUGCCUGAAUGCACUCCUGACGGAAGAUAUCAGCGAGUGCAGUGCUAUAGAUCUACAGGAUAUUGCUGGUGCGUACAUGAAGACACUGGAAAGAACAUUCCAGGCACCUCGACUAAGGAUAAGAAGCCACAGUGCGACGCUAUCUAUUCGCCCACGAGGCCAAUGAAAGGAUGCCCGGAAGGGAAGAAGCUGGACUUUCUGAAGGAACUCAAGGCAUACCUCAAAGAUGAGCUCAUUGGUAAUGCCAAUAGCGCCACAAAUACUACAAAAUGGAACAAUGAGGAUGAGAAAUUGGCCACUCUGAGCUUCGUGAUCCUGGAUAAGAACAAGAACAAAAUGUGGGAACGGAGAGAGUGGAAGACAUUCAGGGAAUUGGUUAUGCCUAUUAAAUCACUCAGGAAAUGUGGCAAGAAACUUCCACGAUAUUGCGAUGUGAACAAUGACCGAGAAAUAACACUGUCAGAGUGGCUGAAUUGCUUGCAAACAACUCGAACGUCAACAAACUUGGGGAAAAGUAUUACAAAUGAAUCAAAACCACUUCAGUCAAAGUUUCGAGGGCCAAAUCCAUUAGAAUCAUAUCUGAAGAGUGACUAAACCGCAGCUCAUCCGCACUAUUUAUAAAUUCUCAGUGCCAUUUUUUAUACAUAAAACAUGAUAGUACCAGUGAUUGUAAUUUGUAUGUCCUUUCACCUGCAAACUCCGCCACAAAUCUCAUACUAAGCAAAAAAAAGUUGUCAGGUAAAAAGUAAUUAUUGUGUGCCAAUAAUUAAUUAUAAUUUUUUGUUUAUUUAUAAGUUCUCAAAUACAUUUCACUAGUUUUUGUCAUAAAAUUGCAAAAAUUAGACUCAUUAUGUUCUGUUUAUUAAUAUAUUUCACAAUUUUUCCUCUUACAAUCUUUUUAUUACAAAAAGAUAUGUUCACACUUCAAGAAGAAGAAAAAGUGUGUGUGAUAAAAGUGAUAAAGUAUUAUCAAUUUUUUAGUAAUGUAUUUUAAUGCUGAAAUUAAAAAGCGAAAAUAUGCUCCUUUAUAAUCAAACACUCAAUGUAAUUAAAAUGGAUGGACUUUAUAAUUUUAAACUUCUUCCCUCAUCUCAACGAAUACCUUUUAAAUAUACAUUAGCAAAGAGCAA